AUGUCAGGCGCGCCAGGGCAUUCAGACGCCAAUAGUGGCAAUGUGGAGGACGAAACCUCUCGUCUGUUAGAACUCGAACGCAAUGGUAUAGCCGCAGGCGGCUCAAGGCAUGGAACAUUUUCUCCUGACACUCACCAAUACCCUAAUCGCGGCACAAGCGCCAGUCCCAGCCUACGACAUGGGUGUACGCUGCCUGGGAGCUCAAGUCAAAGUAUAAGAGGAGAUGGGAUUUCCUCGGCUCCUUUUCACGUUGCGACGGGUAAAUCGGCGACGAGGCAACUCGCCGAUGCGCAUGGCGUGAAGAACAGGCGGAUUAUGUAUUUAGCAUACUAUGUGCCAUUUUUCAACUGGAUAUCGCAAUAUCAAUGGAGAUAUCUUCGUGGAGACUUUAUCUCCGCCGUAACCGUCGCGUCGGUCUACAUUCCCUUAGGGUUGUCACUGGCGUCUAACGUUGCCCACAUCCCUGCACUUAAUGGACUCUACUCCUUCGUCUUCCACCCGCUUAUGUACGCCCUCCUCGGAAGCAGCCCACAAGUCAUAGUCGGCCCAGAAGCUCCUGGUUCUUUGCUGGUUGCGACGGUCGUUCGCAACGCGGUGGAUGAUGGGAAAUCCAUUGACGACGAUCUCCUCGCAAACGCUCAGAUCGCCGGAAUCGUUACUGGGAUGGCCGGAGCGAUGAUUCUGAUCGCAGGCCUUACCAGGUUGGGCUUUUUGGAUAAUAUCCUCAGCCGACCAUUUUUGCGGGGGUUCAUCAGUGCAAUUGGUUUUGUCAUCUUCGUUGACCAACUCGUUCCAGAGAUGGGCCUGAGUGAUCGAGCCAAGCAUGAUGGCCUGGUUACCCAUGGGAGCAGCUGGGAUAAGUUGGUAUUCUUAUUUCUAAACGUUCGAUAUAGCCAUGCUUUGACCUGCGCUGUCUCCUUCGGCAGCUUCGCCAUUAUUAUGAUGUUUCGCACGCUCAAGAAAUUUUUGGAGCCACGAUUUCCAAGCGUUGUCUUCUUUCCUGAUCAGCUUCUCGUCGUAAUUUUCUCCGCGAUAUUUACCUGGAAAUUCGGCUGGGCUGAGCAAGGAUUGCAUAUUUUGGGCGAUAUUAAGGGAGCAGGAAAUCAUACGUUUGGAUUCCGUUGGCCAUUCCAAUGGAGUCAAUUGGAUCAUAUACGGACCGCCAUGAGUACUUCGUUCAUUAUCUCGUUGCUUGGCUUCUUCGAGUCUUCGAUUGCUGCCAAGGGCCUUCGCAGCACAGUUCAAGACGGAAUAGAGGGUAUGACUUACAGUCCUAAUCGAGAGCUCGUUGCUCUUGGGACUGCUAAUAUCCUUGGCGGGUGCUUCAUGGCAUUGCCCUCGUUUGGCGGUUACGGAAGAAGCAAACUUAGCGCUGCAACCGCAUGUCCAUUUGAACGCUUUGUUAACAGCUGGAAGAUGGGUGUCCUGUCCGCUGUAAUAUCUGUUGUCUCAUGGUCCCUCAUUGAAGAAUGCCCCGAUGACAUCCGAUUCUUCAUCCGCAUUCGCGGCUGGUCAGAACUGAUCCUUAUGCUUCUUAUUUUUGUUUCUACCGUCUUCUACUCCCUCUACCUUGGCAUAGCCCUGGGGAUGGGUCUAUCCAUUUUGCAAGUUAUUCGACACGCAACAAAGCCCCGCAUCCAAAUCCUGGGCAAGCUUUCUGGGACCGACAACCGAUUUGAAAAUGCAGAGCUCCAUCCGGAGAGGGUCGAAUUCAUCGAAGGCUGUCUGAUUGUGAAGAUUCCAGAACCGCUUACAUUUGCAAACACAGGUGAUUUGAAGAACCGCCUCCGGCGGCUCGAGUUUUAUGGCACCAAUGCUGCUCACCCAGCUCUUCCCCGGCUUAGGUCCCCAGAGCAUAAUCGGAAUAUGAUAUUUGAUAUCCACGGUGUUACGAGCAUUGAUGGUUCGGGUGUCCAGGUGCUCUCUGAGAUUGUGCAGGAAUAUAUCGAUCAAGACGUUAGGGUGUUCUUCUGUCGAAUUCCUCGACCGGAAAGCGAGGUCUUUCGAUUAAUGGUGAAGAGUGGUAUCGUGGAUAUCUGUGGAGGAAUGACGCAUUUUGUGGAGAGUGUCGAUGAGGCUCUUAAGCUCACGGAGACACCACAUAUUCAUAUGGAGUAG